AUGGAAAAGAAUGAUAACAAAUUUGUAGGAGGUAAGUUAAAGUUGAAAAUAAAGAAAAAAAAGAUUAAUAAAAAAAAAAAGACAUUGGAAGAAGAAAAGAAAAACAUAAAUAAUGAAAAUGAAAAUAUUAAAAAGACAAAUAUAAAUAACGAAACGGAUAUAAUUAAUGGCACUGGAAGAAUAGUAACAAUAAAGAAUACAAUUCAAGGUUUUGAAACUAGAUUUAUUGAAGAAGUAAAAAUUGGUUAUGAAAUAAUUUUAAAACAUCCAACAAGUUUACAAGAAGAAAAAAGAGUUGUAACAUCUAUUUUAAGUAAUAAAACUUUACUUAUAAAUGAAGAAUUUUCAAGUGAUAUAAGUACGACGUGCACCUAUUAUAUAAAUAAAAUAGAAAAAGAAGAGGAAAAUAAAAAAAAUGAUAAUCUAAAUUUACAAUAUGCAAAAAUAAUAGAACAGAAACCAAAGCAUGAUGUUAUAAAAAUAAGGAAAAAGGUUGGAUUAUGGUCUUAUAAAAUUGUAGAUAAAAAAAUAAAGGGAAACUUAACAAAUGAACAAAAAUUAGAUGAAAGAGUAAAAAGUGGAAGAGAUAAGUUUUGCUGGUAA